AUGGAAGAUCUUGCUGAAGCCUUUCCAUUGCUUUCGGAGGCUCGAGCAUCUAUAGCCCAGGGCGAGUUUGAGCAUGGAAUUGGAAUAUACAGUGAGAUCCUUGAAGGAGUGAAUCCUGAUGAUGAGAAGGUUCCUUAUCUUUAUAUCGAGUAUGCGGAUGCUCUUAUCAAGAGUUCGGAUAUGUUUUUUAUUGAGGAGAUAUCCAAGAUCAGUGGAAGGAAGGGGCUGAAUCUAGAAGAGAGAAAGGGAGCAGAAGAUGAUCUGGAGAUUGCAUGGAAUCUUCUGGAGAUAUGCAAGAAUGCCUUCAAUAUAUUGAAAGACUACUCGAUGCUGGCACGGACAAGGUUUCUUCAAGGAGAGAUCUGCCUUCUAAACAAUGAGUUUCGGGAUGCACUUCACGAGUUGGUUGAGUGUGUUGCAGUUAUGGACAAGAUAUAUGAAAAAGACUGCUUCAAGUAUGCUGAUGUGUACUUGUCCCUCGCAAACUGUUAUGAGUUUCUGCAGGACUUUGAAAGAAGCAAAGAGUACUAUGACAAGACAAUAGGGAUAUACAGGGCUGAGCAAGAGCAAAAGGAGUCUGAGGAGGAGAAAAAUGAAAUCAGCGAUGUCAUAACAGGGCUUUUGCAAAAGGCAACUGAAUUGAAGUAUAAGAAGGAAAAGCUUGAGAAUGUGGACCUUCCCGACGAGCCAGAAUCGGAUGAUGUAUUCAUCGAUAUAAAUGCUUGUAAACGUAAUAAAAAAUAG